CUAUAAACAACCUAGUCUCUCAAUUUGCUUGAUUGGGAUAAGUUUUUGUGUUUUAAAGUAUAAUAUAUAAUAUUUAUACAAAAAUUGGGAAGGGAACGGAUAUUAUAAACAAUCCCCCAAAGCAGUCUCUACUUUUUAUUAUAAAAUAAAUAGUGCACACAAGUUUUUUAUUCAUUGAUUUUAGAUUAUUUAUAAUAAUAAAUUAUAAAAGGACCAACUUAAGGUUGGUGCAUCUAAGACACCAUCAUGACCAGAUAAGUGAUGAAUUUUUAAAAUGGUAUUGAGUCGAAAUGAUAAGAGGAAAAGAAAAGAAGGAGAUCUCGUGGACCUCAUGGAUCCAUUGUCGGAUUCACCGAAAAGGACCAAAAUUCAUGCACAAAGAAAAUUUGCACAGGGAGCUGCGACAUUUUACAGUCCAUCCACGACUCCUGUUAAAGAAAAGGAGAAAGAAAAAUCAAAACCAGCUGUUAUUAAUGAAUUGAUAAGUCACAAGCGACCGAAUACGGAAGAUUUUUUAACAUUUCUUUGUUUCAGAGGAACAUCGAUAUUACCGUCGAGUUUGAAUUUUUUCAACGUUUGUGUCAAGAAAGAAAAAAGUGAUUCAAAAACAAUAAAAAAUUUAAAAGCAACUUCUUCCACUUCAAAACCAAGAAACACCGAAUCCACAAAAUCCGAUCCGUCCCAAAAGGCAGCAAAAUCAAAAAAUGUAAAAGAAUUCCCGAAUGGAUUAAAAAAUACGAUUAAAUUUAAAACGAAAACCUCGACAGUUCAGGCGCUAAAGAGAAAAUAUCAAGAGCAACGAUUGGCGAAGCAGAGAAUUAAAAAUAAAAUCAGAACCUCUUAUGUUAUACGAACACGUUCGAAUACAGAGAAAAAUGUCAAGAAACCAACAACACUGAAUAAAUUAUCAUCGAGAAAAUUCACAAAAACAGAGAGUAAACGACAUGGUCUUCGUAGUGGCGGUCUCAUCGAACAAAUUUGCAAUCCGAAAAUAAUUCCCAAAAAUAAACGAACAAAAGCAAAGAAGGGCUUUGGGAAAAAUAAAAAUAACUCAAAAGACGAUUCUCUCGAUUCAGAUUCAAUGUCAAAUGACGAGGAAUUAAAAUCCCCGAGUAAUAAGAAAAUCACAGCUAAAUCCCUACCGAAGAAAAUUGGAACAAGAAAAACGGAAUUACGUCGAGUGACACGCUCAUUUGUCGAGACGAAAUCAACACAAAAUUUAUCUCGUCGACCAACGAGGAAAACAAAAGAAGCCGCGGCGGUUUACAUGGAAAUUUUGGGACGUAAACUAGUGAGUCCCGAUUUAGAAAAUGAGGACGAUAUUUCACUCGAUAGUUUUCCGGAAUUGCCAAAUUCACGGCGAAUCCUGAAAGAGGAAUUCGAAAUCAAGGAGAAAGUGAAACAAAACGCAAAGACGGCCGCCAAAGAAAAGGAUAUAAAACUCGAAACCAGCACUUUGAGUAGCAAGCGAAUCGAUAAACUGAACCGAACUGUAAGAACAGUCCUCAAAAGUAAACGUAUCGUCAAAGUUCAAAAAUACUGCGAAUUAGAAACUGACGAGGAGAGCGAAAUUUCUUGUGAAAGUGAAAAAAGUGGCAAAACAAGACCAAUGACCCGAAGAAGUUUAAAUAAAACAAAACCAACGAAUAGAAGUCUAAGAUCGUCGGCGAGAAAUCUCUCCCUGAAACUAAAAGUCGAAAGUUGUCAGGUCAGGAAAUUUAUUAACAAAAAGGAGAAAAUUUUACUCAAACGAAAGCAAAUUGACGAGAAGAGUCUCGAGACGAAAAUUGAAAAGAAUCUCGAGACGAAAAUUGUCGAGAAGGAAACGAAAAUUGUAGAAAAGGAAACGAAAAUUGAAAAGAAUUUCGAAGCAAAAAUUGAAAAGAAUUUCGAGGCGAAAAUUGAAAAGAAUUUCGAAUCGAAUAUUGAAAAGAAUUUCGAGACGAAAAUUGAAGAAAAGGAAAAAGAAGAAAACUUGAAAGUGAAAGAAAAGCAGACGAACGAGAGUCGGAAACGGAACGAAAAUUUGAAAGGAGAAAUAAAGAGCGAAGAGAUUAAGAGACAAAAGUCAGAGGACGAACGGGAAAGUAAGAGGCAAAAAUUAGAGGAAGAAAUAAAAAUCGACAAUGAAGAGAAAGAAAAAGAAGAAUCGGACGAAGAAACAUUGGGUUCACUGCUGAGUAAAAUAAAACGAAAACGAGAAUCCGACGACGAUUUAACCAAGUCGGUGAAAAUUCUCAAAGAAGUGAAAGAGUCGAAAAUGUCCGACGACGAGGAAUCAUUCCGCGGUUUCACGAAGAAGGCAAUAUCGAAGGUACUCGACAAACUCGACACCUGUCAAUCGCACGUGAAUUCAAAUCUCCUCGUGAGCGACAGCAUCGAAUCAAAAUCAGUCCAAGUCUCCUCGAUUUCUCCCCUCGAGUCACCGAAUCUAGACAAAAAUUCGCCGCAAAAAGAAGAAAGCACAAAAAUUCAAUUAGAAAAAUCAUUUUACGAACCAAAAAUUGAAAAGGAAGUUGUCUUCGAAAAAGAAAAUGAAAAAGAAGAAGAGAAAGAGAUAAAAAUUAUCGACAUGCCGUCAACAACAACAGGUCGUAAGGAACGUGUCAAUAUGUCAGCAGAACAAAUCGAAAAAUGGCUCACAGAAAGUUCAAUAGCAAAGGAAGAGAAUAAAGUCGAUCUCGAAACAAGUUACAAUUACGAGAAACCAAAAAUCUCCCAUCAUUUGUCAAUUUCCUCAAAAAUUCAACAUCUCGUCAGACCCGUUAACGUAACCCUAGCGAAAUUGCACGAUAAAUCAAAAGCACAAAAGCUAUUUGUAAAAAAUACAACUCUUGUUGUGAAGAGUUGUGACCCAGCUGGGGAAUCGAUAAAAAUCCCUCAACUAAAGACACCGAAGGAGAGUCCCGAUGACGAUGUUUCGAAAUCGGAUCACUCGCCCGAGGAGAAUUCCGAAAAGAAAGAGAAGAAACAAACGCAGAGAAAAUUAUUCCUACCAAAAGUAAAGGAACGAAAGUCCACGACCCCGAGUGCAAAUGCCUUCUCACCGGAGAACGAAAGCAGUGUCUAUGCUUUUGAAAGUGAUACGGAGACGCCAAUCAGCACCCCGUUUAGAAGAAAAAAUAAAGACGUCACUGUCUUUAAUCAGAAGGACGAGCAAACUGGGGAAAUUUACGAGAAACAAGAGAAAAUGUCCGAGAAAAAUGAAAAAACGUCUGAGAAAAAUGAGAAAACGUCCUUGGAGAAAAUUGAGAAAACUUCCGAGAAAAAUGAGAAAACGUCCUUGGAGAAAAUUGAGAAAACGGUGGAGAAAAUUGUCGACAAGAAGGAGAACACGACCAACAGUGAUUUGAAAGGUUUUCCGAAUCUGGCAAAUAUACAAGUUCUCUCGCUGGAUAAAUUGACGACAAAUUGGAGUAACGUGAAUUGUAGUGCGUCAAUAGCGGUGCAGGUGAAUUUGGAUCAGAAUCAAAAGCAACAGAAUCAGAAUGACGAGAGUGAGCAGACGAGUAUGGAGAUAUCGACGCAAACCGAGAGGGGAAAUGAUAAUGACGAUGACAAUGACAAUGAUGGACAGUUGUUUUACAUUCCAUUGCAAGCGGUGACGAGAAAUGGCUCGAAUUUGGUGCAGGGACAGCAAUUGAUUCAGGGAGUGGCGGUGAAAUUGGGAACUGAGGGACCAACGGGACCAAAUCAGAGGGUUUUGUUGAAGGCGAAAUUAGUGACGAAACCAACGUUAACUGUGGCACGUGUUCCUCCGGUGGGAACUGUUCAACCAACUGCACGAGCACCGCCAAUUCCAUCGACUUCGAGUGCUGAUUAUCCUGUUGCUUCGACAUCGACAUUGGUGGGGAAUUCGCAAAUUCAGACGAUUAGUAAGGAGAAUAGUAAUGUUGCGACGAGUGGAACGGAGAAAAUUACGAAGACGACGAAAGUUGCUCGUGAGAGGAAAAUAUCGGCAGAGUCGGCUAAACUUGGAAAAAGAUUCCAAGGCAAAUCGAAGCAGAAAAUAAUAGAAGUCUGCACGCCAAUAAAUACGACAACAUUCCCAGGAACAAAGGAUCCAAAUGAAGAGGCACGUCUCGUUGAAGCGCCAACAUUUCAUCCAUCGGAGAAAGAUUUUCAAGAUCCCCUCGAGUACAUCGACAAAAUACGUCCAAUCGCUGAGAAAUUUGGCAUUUGUCGAGUCAUUCCACCGCCAAAUUUCAAACCCGAUUGUAAAGUAUCGGACGAUAUGCGUUUCACAGCGUACAAUCAAUACGUUCAUCGAAUGCUCCAUCGUUGGGGACCGAAUGUCAAGGAAAUGAUGGCAAUACGCAAAUAUUUGGCCACGCAAAGUAUAACAUUAAAUCAUCCGCCUUGGAUUGGUGGAAUGGAAGUUGAUCUUCCCCAUUUAUAUCAAACAGUUCAAUGUCUCGGCGGUCUAAAGGAGGUGAUUGAGAAGAAAAAAUGGCAAAAAGUUGCUGACGGAAUGAAAAUACCACGCUCGGCACAGGAUCGCGUUACCAAAUUGGACGAUAUUUACUGCAAAUAUUUAUUGCCCUACGAUACACUUUCGCAGGGCGAAAGAGAUAAAUUGUUUGAGGAAGUUGAAUUGGAAUGGACGAAUCGAGAGGCGAAGGGGUUAUUGAGAUUGGAGUCGCAGUCGAUGUCGAAUGAUAAUAAUGAUGAUGAGGAGGAUGACGAUAGUUCGGAGGAAAUUGAGGAGUGUAUCGUUAAGGGACGAAAUAUGCCGCUUAAUGCAUUUUAUCGUAUCGCGAGGAAUACGCAGAGAAUGUGGUUUGCCGAUAAUCAAAGAACAUUGAAUGAAAUUGAAGGCGCUUCGGCGGCUGAUGUUGAGAAUGCUUUUUGGAAACAUGUCACUGAGAGGAAGCGUCAUGUUUGCGUUCACGCUGCGAGUAUCGAUUCAAGUGGUCGGGGUUUUGGUUUCUCUGUUGCCAAGAACAGUCCCUUUGCGCGACAUCCUUGGAAUUUGAAAAUUCUCACUAAUAAUGCUGGAUCUGUGCUCAGAGCUUUGGGUCCUUUAAUGGGUGUGACAGUGCCGACACUUCACGUGGGAAUGUUAUUCAGCGCUUGUUGUUGGUAUCGCGAUCCCCACGGUCUACCUUGGAUAGAAUAUUUACACACUGGUGGGAAGAAAAUUUGGUACGGCAUUCCCGAUGAGCAUAAUAAUAAUUUUAGAAAUGCACUUGCAAAAAUGGUGCCACGUUAUUGCAAGAAUAAAACAAUAUGGUUACCGUCUGACACUGCAAUGGUACCGCCAGAAUUGCUCGUUAAAAAUGGAGUUCCCUUGUGUCAAACUGUUCAGGAACCUGGACAAUUUAUCGUCGUAUUCCCAAAAGCAUUUACUUCAAGCAUUUGCACCGGUUAUGUUGUCUCGGAAAGUGUUUAUUUUGCUCAAUCCCCAUGGCUCGAGGCCGCCGAACAAGUAUUUAAGGAUAUACAAGAUAGUUGCGAACCAUCUAUAUUUUCUUUGGAGAAAUUACUCUUCAGUAUUAUUAACGAUACGAGAUCGCAUAUCGAUGUUUUGAAACAGAUAUUACCAACGGUGAAGAGAGUCUGCGAGAGGGAAAUUGAUUUUCGUCGACAAAUAAAAGCACUGGGUUUGACAAAUACGGAAAAACUGCCAACGCCCGAAAGUGGCAAGAGAGGAAAGAGCAAGAAGGUGAAGGAAGAGGACGGCGAUUUUGAAUGUGAAACAUGUCGAUCAAAUUUAUUUGUUUCGUUAGUUAAUAAUUCACAAGAUGACAGUAUGUAUUGUCUUCCACACGCGAUUCAACUUUUAACUAGAAAAAAGCAGAUAAUGAAAAAUUGCUGUCUUAUGAUUGCAUAUAGCGAGGAUGAAUUGGACGAUUUAAUUCACAAACUAGAAGACAGAAUUGAAGCGAAAUCCAAGAAGAAUUACUCCUUUAAGCAAAAAUAAGUAGAUAAUUAUAUCCGUGAAUGGAUUUAUAAUAUUUUUUUUCUUUUUUUUUUUAAACUAGACAUUAAUUUUCAGAUCGCAAUUUCUAUUUGUUGUCUUAAUAAUUAUAAAUAUGAAAUUGUCGAAAUAGUCAUUUCGAGAUAUAAACUAUAUAAUUAGUUUCAUAAGUUUCCAUAUCAACAGAUUAAAUGAAAAAGAAACAAAAGUUUUUCCAAUUUUGGUGAAAUUUUUACUUAGACUGACUGAUUGAAUUUUGAAAGAAGAGCGUGAUAUAUAAUUGAUUUUUUUUAAACUCUCUAGUGACUGAUUUCCAAAAAAGAAAAAAAAAAGAAAGAAAAUGAUUCGAAUACUUGAAACAAUUGACUGGGAGAUUAUUUUUUCUAUAUGUAAUAUCGUAGUCAAUUGUUAAGCAUAUUUCUUUGAUUCCUAACACUUAGAAUUAGUUUUUAAUUGGUGCCAAAUGAAAUGAUUGAAAUGAGAUUAUAAUCGUAAUCAAUAUAUGAUUAUACUUUUUCUAGUAUAUACUUUGUUUGUAUAUUUUAGAAAAUAUUAUCUAUAGAUAGAAUAGAAUUUAACAAGACAAGAAAAAAAAAGAAGUAUUCAUAGUAAAAAGAAAAUAGCGAAAGUAUUAAUGCAUUCGAAACUUAUUGGUUUCGAUUGAUGUGAUCCUAUUGAUCUGUAGUGUGCCUGCAAUAUAAAAUAUUAUAUAAUUUUUUGUUCCUCAUAAUCGAGCAGACAAUUUUUUUUUUUAAUUUUUUUCGUCAAAGUAGAGAAUUUAUUGUGUAAGAUUUUAUCUCUUUUGCGCUUAAAUCCAUGUAACUUCACAAGUAUCGAGUCAACUGCCGUGUUUUUGUGUGCUUUUUACCAAAGUACAGCCUUGACCUUUUUUUUACACAAGGCUGCAUAAUAAAAUAGUAAAUUGUUUUUUGCUCUCUAUGUAUCGAAAUUGUAAAAACCUUUUUCCUCGUGAAAUAUAUGGCCUUAAAUGUUUCA